UUUCACAUUAGGAAUGGAACAAAAUCAAAUCCUACCAAUUUCCAUAUUGGUCACACUCACUUUACUUACACUACACAUCCUAAAAAAACUAUUCCCACAAAAAAAAACUAAACCUCCCACCCGGCCCGAAACCAUGGCCCGUGAUAGGAAACCUCAAUCUCAUCGGCCCGCUCCCCCACCGCUCCAUCCACGACCUCUCCCUAAAACACGGCCCGAUUAUGCACCUCAAGCUCGGCUCGACUCCGGUCGUCGUCGGCUCGUCGGUCGCGGCCGCCAAGAUCUUCCUCAAAACAAUGGACCUCACCUUCGCCUCGCGGCCCAAAACCUCCGCCGGAAAAUACACCACCUACUACUACUCCGACAUCACGUGGUCCCCCUACGGCCCGUACUGGCGCCAGGCCCGGAAAAUGUGCCUCAUGGAGCUCUUCAGCCCGCGCCGGCUCGAGUCGUACGAGUACAUACGGGCCGAGGAGACGGACUCGCUUCUUAAAGAAAUUUUCGGGCUUUCAGGCCGGGCUUUUUUGCUCAAGGAUUGCUUGUCGACGGUGGGCUUGAACGUGAUAAGCAGGAUGGUUUUGGGGCGGCGGUAUCUUGACGGCGGCGAGAACGCCGUCGUUUCGCCGGAGGAGUUCAAGAAGAUGUUGGAUGAGUUGUUUUUGUUGAACGGGGUGUUGAAUAUUGGGGAUUUGAUUCCGUAUAUCAAUUUCUUGGAUUUGCAAGGGUAUGUGAGGAGGAUGAAGGUGUUGAGCAAGAAGUUUGACCGGUUCUUGGAGCACGUGCUCGACGAGCACGAGGCCCGGAGGCGGGAAACGGGCGGGGCUUACGCGAGUAGAGAUAUGGUGGACGUGCUCCUCGAGGUGGCCGAGGAUCCCGGUUUGGAGGUGAAGAUUGAGAGAGACGGGAUUAAAGCGUUUACUCAGGAUUUGUUAGCUGGUGGAACUGAGAGUUCGACCAUGACAGUGGAGUGGGCGAUGUCGGAGCUGAUGAAGGCGCCCGGGGUUAUUAAGAAGGCAAGGGAGGAGCUUGAUCGGGUUAUCGGGCAAAAUAGGUGGGUGAAGGAGGAUGACAUGACUAGUCUACCUUAUGUAGAGGCCAUCAUCAAGGAGACUAUGAGGCUGCACCCCGUGGCGCCUAUGUUAGCACCGAGAAUUGCACGAGAAGACUGUAUGGUGGAUGGGUAUGAUAUCAAGAAGGGAACCCAUGUGUUUGUGAAUACAUGGACAAUUCAAAGGGAUCCAUCAAUAUGGGAAAAUCCCAAUGUAUUUAAUCCGGAUAGAUUCAUCGGAAAGAAUAUCGAUCUCAAGGGACAAGAUUUCGAGCUCUUGCCGUUCGGGUCGGGCCGAAGAAUGUGCCCAGGCUAUGCGCUGGGCAUGAAGGUAAUCCAAUCGAGCUUUGCAAACUUAUUGCAUGGAUUCAAUUGGAAAUUGCCGGACAAUAUGAAGCCUGCAGAUCUUAAUAUGGAGGAGAUUUUCGGGCUUUCAACUCCGAGAAAAUUUCCUCUUGCUGUUUUAGCUGAUCCUAGACUUCCGCUUAAGCUUUAUAAAUCUGUGUGAGGCUUUGUUUAUUAUUAUUAUUAUUAUUAUUAUUAUUAUUAUUA